AUGGCUUCUAGCAACUUCAAUGACAAAAAUUCAGCUUUGCGAUUUACUGAUGUGGGUACAUUAUCAAAACGAAUGUUGGCACCAAUUGACGGCUAUGAGAAGGCUCCGCUAGUAUCGCUCGAAGAAGCUGUAAAACCUCUUGUGAAUAUAGUACCAAAAAUUGAACGAAACGUAUAUGUAGUUCAAGAGAACUGUCAAAAUCCAGAAGAUGGCUUAACAACUGACGAAUCAGCUUCAAUUAUGCUUUAUACGUACGAGUCAAUGCCUCGUGAAGAUUCGUUGUACGUUAAAUUGAAUGCCACUUUACGAUCGGAACAAAGAAAAAAAUUAGUUCCAUGGUUCCUCUAUCUUCGACUCAUACUGACGGCACUUGCUCGGCUUCCAUCAAAGCGUCGUUCUGUUUUUCGAGGAGUCAAAGAGAAUCUACGGCUUGACUAUCCAACAGGGAAAAUUUUCAUUUGGUGGGGAUUUUCUUCAUGUACUUCAAGUAUCGGAGUGUUGGAGAAUGAAGACUUUUUUGGGACAACGGGUGAUAGAACUCUUUUUCAAAUAGAAUGCACUACGGCCAAGGAUAUAAAAAAGCAUUCAUUCACAACUGAUGAAGAUGAAAUACUUCUAUUACCCGCUAGACAAUUUGAAGUCACAUCUUGUCUGAAUUCUGGACACGGACUUCAUAUCGUACAACUCAAUGAACUGAAGCCAAAGUAUGAUCUUCUUGAACCAGUGUCAGUACCCAAUUUAUCAGUGCAACCCAAGAAAAAUCCACCAGUUGAAUUUCCACCAAUUGCUGCGGCUAUGGAAGGACAAUUCGCAGCAAUGCAAUUACAACUGCAAACAAAAUCAAAAUGUAAGUCGUAUUUCAUGAAUCAAUUAGAUAUGUGUUACUUAGACGUGAAAUACAGAAAUGACUCGCAUAUUUCAUCAUAA